GACACGGCAUCAUCGAGGCACGCAGCAAUUCCAGACACGGCAUCAUUGAGGCACGCAGCAAUUCCAGACACGGCAUCAUCGAGGCACGCAGCAAUUCCAGACACGGCAUCAUCGAGGCACGCAGCAAUUCUAGACACGGCAUCAUCGAGGCACGCAGCAAUUCCAGACACGGCAUCAUUGAGGCACGCAGCAAUUCCAGACACGGCAUCAUCGAGGCACGCAGCAAUUCCAGACACGGCAUCAUCGAGGCACGCAGCAAUUCUAGACACGGCA